UCCUGUCCAAAAUACUGCGGCUUUGCUCGCCAUCCAAAAUGUCCCACCGAAGAAAGAGGAAGGAGUACCUCACUGUGAAGGACCUGCAGAAAAUGCUGGACUCGUGCAAGCUUCAUCUGGGACAAAUCGAUGAAGUGUGGCCUAAUAUCUUCAUCGGGAAUGUUGCAGUAGCUCAGAAUAAGACCGCUCUGGUGAGGUUGGGCAUCACUCAUGUGUUGAACGCCGCUCACUCGAAGCAGGGAAGCAUCGGCAACCAGCAUUUCUACGGCAACGACUUUGUUUACCUCGGGAUCCCGGCUGAGGACUCUACCUACUUCGACCUGGACCAGUACUUCAGGCUCGCAGCGGAUUUCAUUCACAGAGCAAUCAAGGCUCCAGAUGGGAAGAUUUUGGUGCAUUGCAUUAUGGGAAUGAGCCGUUCGUCCUCUCUGGUUUUGGCCUACCUCAUGAUCUACGAGCACAUGUCGCUGAAACAGGCACUGCACUGCGUCGUCCAGAAGAGGGCGAUCUACCCCAACAGAAACUUCCUGGCUCUGCUCCUGGACCUGGACCUGCAGCUCAUGAAGAAGAGGAAAAAGAGGAGGAUGUGUGCCAUUCUGUGACAAACUGGGAUCAAACUAGGGCUGCGUCCCAUUUCUGUUCAAUAACUGUGCACUUGCCUCCUUGAGUCCUUGUUUCCUCAGUUUAACCACACUUGGAA